CAAAAAAAGACAAUAGUAAACCAAACAAAUAUUCAUAAAAUAGUUAGCUGGUAGUAUAAAAAUAGUACGUUAUUUUUAAUCGAUAAAAAAAAUGUAGUGGUUCAUAAUUCAAAACACCGAAUGAAUUAAAAUAAUUUUUAUGGGAUUCUAAGGAUUUGAAUCAGUGCAAUGUAUAAAAAUAAGUAACUAAUAUCUGUAUAGAUUGCUCAGUUGCUCGAUACAUUACUCUCUCUCUCGCUCGCGCUCUCUCUCUCUCUCUCUCUCUCUCUCUCUCUCUCUCUCUCUCUCUCUCUUACACACACACACACACACACACACACUACUCAGCUGCAUCGUUCAAUCACGCACUGCCAAGGAUUCACGCUUGCCAGGAAUAAACGGCGCCUAUUAAGUUUAACUAAAUGUUUUCAGCACUUUUGCUUCUUUUAACUCGCUCCAUUAACAAAGCAAUAUGGUCUGCAGUACUAAAGUGACAUCAACGGCGCUCUUCAUCAAAUAUUAAAUGUUAAAUCAGCUCAAGGAUGGUUUCACAUAAAGACCACCGCAUUAUUACCGACUGGUGCGGCACCAGCUAUACUUGGACAGCGAGAUGGGAAAAGAUAACAAUCUUGCACUUGCCUGCCUACUGUUACCUGCUAACCCAAAAGGUGUAUCUGGAGGUCUUAUUUCCUGGACCAUGUGUCAUUUUACCUGAUAACCUUGCUUUUUACGAUGGUGCCAUUAGAGAAAGCGAUGCGGUUAUGAGUCCAGAAGAAUGUUAAUGACAUGAAGAACUUUGCCCGGGAAACUCUUGACCUUCAUUUUUGAACCGUAUCUGAAAUCAAGGGCAACAUAGAGCUUUCAUGUGACUCUAUACGUCUUCUAAAGCCCUAGUGCAUGGUUGUGUUUAUUAUUGUGAGUGUCCUGUGUUAGUGGCCGUCUAUGUUUGCCUGUUCUUGUCAUCCCCUGCUGGUGAUCAAGUCAUGCCACGUGGAAGAGGUGUCAGCAACAGCUGUUGCCUCCCACUUCACCUGAAUGAAGACAAUGCCCGUUUUGGCUUGUUGGCGGCCUUCAUCCUUCUCUACCUGCUGUGUGGGGCGGUGGUGUUCUCCGCACUCGAGCAUCCCUCUGAGGUGCAGGCUCACCGGCGCUGGGAUCAACAGCUGGCCAACUUCACAGAGCAAAACAGCAUAAACCUGAAAUCUCUACAUGUCCUGCUAAAGCAAUAUGAGGAAGCCUUUGCGGCAGGGAUCCGUGUGGACAAACUUAGACCUCGCUGGGAUUUCUCAGGAGCCUUCUACUUUGUUGCUACAGUGGUCUCUACUAUUGGCUUUGGCAUGACCACUCCUGUCACCGUUGCAGGUAAGAUCUUUCUCAUAUUCUAUGGACUCCUUGGCUGCGCAGCAACAAUCCUCUUCUUCAACCUCUUCCUGGAGCGCAUCAUCACGAUGUUGGCCUACAUCAUGCGUUGGUGUCACGAGCGCCAACUACGCCGCUCCGGCGUGGGAGGAGAGGAGGCCAGGAGCGAGGACGACAGUCUGGAGGGCUGGAAACCAUCAGUCUACUACGUAAUGCUUAUUCUGGGCAUCGCAGCCCUGCUGAUUGCAUGCAGUGCAUCUGCGUUGUACUCUGCCAUGGAGGACUGGGACUACUUCGAGUCCUUGUACUUCUGCUUUGUGGCCUUCAGCACCAUAGGCUUUGGGGAUGUGGUGAGCAGCCAACGGGAAAGCUAUAAAGCUCAAGAGGCCUACCGUCUCGGCAACUGCCUCUUCAUCCUCAUGGGUGUGUGUUGCAUUUAUUCCCUGUUCAAUGUCAUUUCCAUCAUUAUCAAGCAGACGCUCAACUGGAUCCUCGGGAAACUGGACUGCAGCAAGGCUCAGUGUCCCUGUCGCGGCCGUCCGUACAGAAGACGAGGUCGGGCCUGCUGUUGCUGCUGCUUUCCACGAAUUCCCAACCAGAGGCACAACCACCACCCUCCGCCAGGACAUUCCCGGCAGAGGGCUCAAAAACGCAAUGCUGUGCACCCUGCGCCGACGAACGAAGCAACAGGAAAGCGCUUCACUAAUGCAUCAGUGGAAACAGUUUGUGAUAGUGAGACUGAUGCUGGCUUAGGACCAGAUGGAGGUUAUCUGACAGGGCGCAGACUGUCUGGAGAAAUGAUCUCAGUCAAUGACUUUAUGGCCAACAAGGUUUCUCUGGCCAUUCUACAGAAGCAACUCUCAGAGACCGCUCACGGUAAUCCAAGACAGAGCCACGUUCGCCAGAACGGCUUCUCCGGUGGAGUGGGUGCCUUUGCUAUCAUGAAUAACCGCCUUCAGGAGACAAGUGUCGACAGGUAGCUCGAUUAUACAAAGAUGGCACUGGAUAUUGCACAUUAUCAGAAAGAUGACUUUAUAGAGGGUUGUGUUCUAUUCAGAACUGAACUGAGAAGGGCUUUAGAAUUCCUGAAUUUGACUUGCAUUUAAAUCUGCGGUAGCAAAUGGGAUUCAAAAUGAAUCGGAAUUCAAAGAAAUGUAUACAACACAUUUUUAACUAGAUAAGCAAAGUUUAAAUUUGUUCAUGAGUAAACCUGCUCAUUAAAUAAAAGCGAUCGUAUCACUUCAGGAGACUCGGAUUUAUUCACUCGAUUCUCAUGGAUAGUGUUCACUCACUGAAAACUUUUGGUCACUUUUAACGGAGGGACAGAAAUCUCAAAGGUUUCAAGUAGGGGGUUGUAUUAAGACUUUUCCCAAAAAUGAGUUCGCUGUACCGACAAUCAAGUGCAGUGUCCUCUCUUUCAUUCAACCUCUCAUAAAUUCAUUGCAAACCAAAUUCCCAUUCAACUGUUUGGAUAGUUUAAUUAAGACUCACACUCGCUAACUAAACAACAGCCUGUUCUUCAGUUCUGAAUUUUUCCCAGCCGUGACUCAGUUCAGUACUCUGGAAAAGUUAGCAGGGGUUUCAGCAUUUAUUGCAUGCAAUAAAGAUGUAAACUGUACAUACGCUAUUGUAACACGCAGCGCAGAGCAAAUUAGAUCAAGUUAAAUCAGACAGUUUACCUCUGUAGAGCACAAGGACGGUGAAUGCUAGCAUUUAUGAAUGACUUCGCUCUGAAGAGAAGAUGGCUCUCAGUGUUUUCUUUCCUCUUUUUUUACACCAUUAUAAACAAACCAUGUGAUUUUAAUGGUAACAUCACUUCUCAGAGUCACUUUGGUGCUGAAGUGAUUGGCCGGUGUGGUGAGCAAUCACACUGCGCCUGUGGAGAGAUCCUUUAACGGCUCUUCAAAAAAAACGGACUGAUUUUCAAGAGCCAGGCAGAUGUAGCCAUGGCACUUACAGAGAGACAGUCUCGGGAGGAAGAAAUACAAGUGUCAAAUCAAAGGGAAAUGGUCAGUAAUAUUCAUUGUUUAAUCGUUUCUAUCAAGCUGCCGCCAGUGUUGAUGGUCUUAAGGAACAAAUGAUCUAAAAUGCAUACAAAUAGACUUGUAAUGUGAUAGUAUCAUCGCUCCUUAAAGAAACAAACCAUGUGUAUAGAUUCUGUAUGCUGUAAACACAAAUAUAACUUCUUUGUUAUUUAUUUUGGUGUCAGGAUUUACGUGUAUCAGAUGUAAUAGCUAUACUCGCGUCCUUUAUAUCCACGUAACAGCCGCCCGUCGUCAUUAAUAGAGCUUUUAAAUAUUUCUGAGUGUGACAUAAAUGCAGGGUUUGCAAACGGCAGACGGUGUUAAAUAAGGAAAGCGGGUCUCUACUGCCCCCUUUCGGACGACAGUGGUACCGCUUGACGGCGUUGCGGAAAUAAAAGCUAAAACACACUCACAAAAUGCAUGUCUAUAAUUACAUAAAGGCCAUAAAGUGUCUUUAAGUAGCAGGACGGAUUUGAAUAAACUGAAAUCUCACCAAUCGCUUGAUCUGUCUAUUUUUAUUACUCAACCUCGAACCUUUAUGUUAGCACAAAUAUUGCACAAGAUCUGUAAAAUGUGCACAAAGAUCAUUACACGACAUGAUACAGCACUGCAUCAGUUAAUUUGCUAGUCAUUAGGAAAUAUCUCGGUAAAUAUCACACGCUUAUAGAUUGGCAUAAUUUCGAAGAGGUCAGUAAGGCAACACAGUACAGAUCAUGCAAACAGAGUAGAGCGCAUUACAGGAAACAACUACUCGAGAACAGGAAAAGUUGAACUCUGUGAGUGUGACCAGAUUAUGAGCAUGUAUAAACCAACAUGUAAAAGUGCUUGUAUUAAUAGAAUUGGCUUUUUAGAUAUUUUAGCAUUUCUUUCAUUCCUAAAGGAAUAGUUGACACAAAAACGAAAACCCUCUCAUGUUUUUCCAGAUCCGUAUGCUGGUUUUUUUAUAUUUUUACUGAUGUUUUAUUAUUAUUAUCAAACACAAAAAAUAUUUUAUUUUUUCUAAACAAACAAUGCCAUGUCAUGCUUCAAAAAGAACUAAGCAUUAAAGGCAAGUAUUUCAUUUUUGGGUGAACUAUUCCUUUACUGCACCAGCGUUAUCUUGUUCUUCAAAGAGUUCUGUCUUUUUUUUAUCGUAUUCAUUUAAAAACCUCAUUAUAUGCCAAGCCUGAAGAGAAUCUCAAAGGUUUGCCGUCACUGCUUGAACACAUUACCUGAGUAUUAUUGAUUGUAAGACUCACUUAAUACAUUUGGUAAGGAAAAUACUGAACGUAUCACAAUCUAAAGAGUCAAAAUUAUAUACAGUCAUUAUUGUCCUGCAUUGUGGCACAGCAUUGCUUUUUGUAAGUUUUGUCAUUCGUGAAACAUACAAAAA